CGGGGAGAGCCUGGGCAGAGGUUUAAAUGUCCACUGGCCCCGGCUCUGUCAGUUCCAGCAGCUGCCCAGGUGUGCUUGUCUCGCUUUCUUGGACCCAGGAAGCUUCUAGAACAGCAGAAGACUUGUCCCCAGGAUGACCCUGAAGGCUGUGAUCCUGAGCCUGGUCCUGGUGGCUGUCUCGGGUUAUUCGGGAGCACCUCCAGGUGAAUGGCCUGAGAUCAACGGUGACCAGGUGGCCACUGUGGUGUGGGACUACUUCAGCCAGCAGAACACCAAUGCCAAAGAGGAAGAGGAGCAGAAAUCCGAACUGACUCAGCAGAUAAAAACCUUCUUCCGCAACCAAUGGUUUGCAAGAAUCAUAAACAAGCCCUACAACUACGACGUGGAGGAGCUGGUGCCCUUUGCCAUCAGCCUGCACCUAGCUCUCACCAAGGACUCGGACAAGCUGAAAGAGGAGAACCAGAAGGAGCUGGAAGAGCUGCGGGCCAGGAUGCUGCCCCACGCCCAAAAUGUGAGCCAGAGCAUCACGGACAGUGUGCGCGCGCUGCAGGGGUAUGUGUUUGAGUACCCUGAAAUGAUACACCAGGAUGUCGAUCGGCAGAGGUGGAUGAUGAGUGACCAUAGUGCGGCCAUCAUAAAACCCGUAGAGUUAGCGUUCGGUGACCAUGCAGACAACCUGCAGGCCUCGCUGACUUCAGCCCUCGACCGAAUCCAGUUACAGAUCAAUAACGACAUGGCUGAAUUAGAAGUGAGGCAAACGGCAUAUGUAAUGGAACUCAAGGAGAGACUCAACCGCAGCGUGGUGGAGCUGGGCCGCAGCCUGGCCCCUUUCGCGCAGGACGUGCAGGACAAGCUCGACCACCAGCUGGAGGGCCUCUCCUUCCAGAUGAGGAAGCGCGCCGACCAGCUGCAGGCCAACGUCUCUGCCGGGUACCAGGAGCUCUGGCCACGGCUGAAGGCCCUAAUAGAGGACACGCGGGAAACGCUGAGUGGCAACACGGAGGACCCACCGAAGGCACUGGCCGAGCUGUGCAAAAGACUGGACCAGCAGCUGGAGGAAUUCCAGCGCUCUCUGGCCCUCUUUGAAGAGCCUUUCGGAAACGGGAUGGUGCAGCUGGUGAAGCAGUUCGGCCAGAAGCUGGGCCCCAACCCGGGGGAUGGGGAAGACUAUUUGAUCUUCCUGGAGAUGGACCUGAAGGACAAGGUCAGGUCCUUCUUCAACCGAAUCCAGAAGGAGACUCACGACAAGCGCCUUGCCCUGCAGAAUCAGGACAAGAACCAAACCCUCCUGGAGCAGGCACCGAGCCCCGCCCCUUAGAAGUAGAGCCCCGCCCAUUAAGAGAAACCCCGCCCCUCGCCGCAGGGCCACGCCCCUUUCGAGCCUCUCCGUGCAUAGCCACGCCCCCGACCUAGCCACACUCCUUUGGCAUAGAACCCCUCUCUUCAGCCCAGAAAUCUGCCCCUGUAGAGAGCUGAGCUAUCCCUGGUUCUUCAGCUCUUCCCAUGCCAGAGACCUUUUGUUCGGACCCAUCUCCCUGAGGGCCCCACAUGGGUCUGGUUUGAGCUUGGGGACACGUGGCCUGUGGGAAGGAACUUAUGUACUGCUACCAAAUAAAGCAGCAGAAAAUUA